AUGUUUGCAAAAUAACCAUCUAUAAUAAUUUAUGGUAUAAUUAAUUUAGAAUGCAUCAAAUGCAAACUAUGAAAAACGGAUGCCAUUGAGCCGGGGCACCAUCUUUGCGGUAUAUAAAAAAAUUGGCCCAAAAACAAUAAUUAUAUUUGAGACCUAACGAAAGCAAAGAAGAUCGCCUCAUAAAAUCCAAACCUGCAAACCUAACAUGAAGAUGACUUCGAAAGCUAAGUUGCACAGGUUACUGUAUGUUCAUAUGCCACCGACAGUACUUCUGGUUCUUUGCACGGUGAUGUGCCCUUGCGUUAUGGCCAUUCCUGUUCCGGUUACUCUAUUAACAGAAACAAUGAAGAGAAUUGACGUUAGUGACCUGCAUGGCAAACUGAUCCCAGUCGAUUUAUUGCUUAUGCUGGUUCUGAUUUACUUCGGCAAACGGUUGAGGGAGCACAGCAAAAAAGUUAAAUGGGAGAGGAAAUAUCGAAAACGGCCGUUUUUUGACCCUGCCGAACAUCAGUGCGUAUAUUUCACAUAUCCUGUCCCUGGUUCAAAGCCUAGCUUUCGGCCCAGCAGUGCAACCAUGGGCAGCGAACCAGGAACAAAAUGCACUAUUGAGGAAAUUACUGCCGACUCCCUUCAUGCGUACGAGCAUCUUCCCUCUUUGCCUUGAGGUUUGGUGAUAUUCAAGAAACAUCACUAGCUUGAACAAUGCAGUUAAGAAGCAAUGACUGAAAGGUCAAGUUUACAGAUUCCGUGUUGAUUCUUUUCAUUGAACUUUUGUCGAAGCAUCAUUGGUUAUUUGGUUUGUUAAUACUUCGUCGUUUCAAAGUCGUCAGAGACUGGCUACGGUAAAAGUCACAUUCAUCGAGGAGUAAUGACUGUGUAGCAACUGGAGUGCCGACUCUGGUUAAAAAGAGACAGACUGCACGGGCAAGCUUUGGCUAUUCGAACUUGCACAUGUAUUAGCAUGAAGCAAUAAUACAAAACAAAAUACAAAGCACUAC